ACGAAUUUUCAUCCAUUCAUCCAGCACGAAUCUCCUCAACAUAUAAAAAUAUAUAUAUAAUAUAUAUAUCUGCAAACAACAACAGCAUUGGCAAUACAACCACCAGUCGCUAAAUCCAAUCUGAUUUCUUUAGGUCUCAAUAUCAUCAUCAUCAUCAUCAUUUUUUUUUUUUUGUUUUCAUUAAUGUUUUUCAAUAUAUAAUAAUUAUCGAUAAAACAUUUACCUUACAUUUCACAACAAAAUAUAUAUUAUUAUUAUUAUCAGGUCAUUGAAUCAAGUUAUGUUCCAUGUGAAUCAUGUAAACUUUUUUGAGUCAAACAAUAUCAUCAUCAUAAUUAUCACAAUCAAUGAAUGAUUGAAAUUCGAAUAAUAAUUAUUUGUUUUUUACUUUCAUUGUGUCAUUAAAUAUUGUGACGCACACCCGCACACACACACACACACACACACACUGUAUCGACUUUUAUUUUUUAAUCAUCAUUUCAUCAUAUUGUACAUCUUAUCGAAAUUCGAAGAAAAGUUUUGAUAAUCUAAAUUGUUAAAAAAAUUCAAAUUCAAAUCUAAAACAAAAAAAAACAAACCAAAAAUUACUAUCCAUCGUAUGGAUACCGAACAACCACCACCAGCAACGACGACAACCGACAUGACUGGAGUAGAUUCAAUUGCUGGUGGUGAUGAUGAUGGCGUUAUUAGUGGUGGUGAUACUAGUACGGUUGUUGGUGGCAAUAUUGACACCGGAACUAAUGGUACUCAUGGAAUGAUUGAUAAAAAUGGUAAAACAGCAACAACACCUAUUGAUGUAGAUAUUUUUGGUGGUGAUGAUUCUGGUACAAUAUCACAGAUUGUAGGCCAAUUGGAAUCAUCAAUAGAAUCAUCUUUCUUGAUGUCAUUAAACAAUAGUGAAAGUGAUUCAUUGCCACCACCUCCUGUUUUAUCAUCACCUACAUCUCUUUCUGUUCCAUCACCAUCAAUGCAUCAACAACAACAAUCAUCAUCAUCAACGAAUUCACACGAACCAUCGUCAUUAUCAACAAAUAAU